UAGUAAAGAUAAUAAACAAAGCCUACAUAACCACAGCCGCCUCUGUUUUUUCAGCUGAACCACUGUUACUCCAACGCUAGAAAAACCCAUCAAGUUUUCAACUCUCAACCAUUUCAAUCAGUUUUCAUCAUCUGGGUUAAGUUAUUUCACUCAAUUCGAAACUGGGUCUUCUCAGUCCUCCGAUUAAUCAAUCCCAGAUAAAUACCAUGGAUUGGUAUUUCGGAAGUGAUGGUGAUGAUCUUGUUGUUCCAAGAGAUCAUGAACCAUUAGAGAGGCUUCUGUCAUCAGAGAAGUGGAUGCAAUGGGGAAUAACUGCACCAGAAUGUUUCGUUUCCUCAAAUAAAUACCUUGUUAAGGGGAAAAAUCCAUGUGAGAGAGAACUAAGCCUCGAUAUGGACGUGGACGGUUCUGCUAAUGAUAGGGUGCAUUCUCGUAAUUCAAGCAUCUGUGAUGUUCAAUGGACGCUUCCAUACGAGUGGCCAGAUUACCAGAUCAAUGAUCUGGUCGGAGUUGAUCAGAUGGAAGACAUUUUCUUGAAUUCCAUACUUGACGAAGAUAUGACUGGUGUGGAAUAUGUUAAUGGAUCAUUUUGCUAUUCUCCUGAAUCUCAGCACAACUCGUUCCCAGCCGGUUCAAAGAAAGAAGAUGUUGCUAUGUUGUGUCUCGAUCUUAGCAACUCGAGACAAAGGGAUAAUACCCCAGGAAAGGCACCGGUGAUGAAGGUCCCAGUCACAUAUGAGCAAAACUGCAUCAAUGGAGUAGGUGGUGAAACAUCAAUGGAAGAGUCUGUGCUGCAGGAUCUUGAAACAGCGAUGACACAGUUGUCUGACCAGACCAGAAUCUGCUUUCGAGAUGCUUUGUACCGUCUUGCUAAGAACUCUAGAGUGAACCAGGGCCAAAAUGGAGAGCUCAUCGUAGAGAGCGCCCCUCCAUGGACUGUCCUUGAUGAAACAGCUGGGUUAAGAGAAGCAGAAUUAGAGACAAAUACCAUUGACAGAGCUGUUGCCAGCCUUGUGUUCAAUAAGAUUGAUCAUAAUGCACAAGAUGUUUCCGCUGCAGCAUCACCAGAUUUUAAGCCAGAAGCUACUGGAACAAGAGGACCGUUCAACUGCAGCUUGGACGAGGAACAGAUUUCUCACUUCCCUUGCACCACAAGUUCAGCAGAUGAUGCUGAAGUUCCAACCUUUGGCCAGGAGAACCUAUUCACGACUACGAAUUUGCAUCACCGCUACUCUAGUGGUGCAGCAAACAUGCUUUGAAAGGCCUCCUAAACGAAGCACAAGCCUAGAAUGUUUAAAAGUUUUUAAAGUUCUAUGAAUGUAAAUAUGUAGUAAGAGAUGUUUUUGUUAGUAUGCAGGAUGCAAGUACUCGCAGUAUCCUGCUCAGUUUUGUUUGUUCUUUUGAAUCACACUGGUUGAACAAUAGAAGUGGUUUUUCUUUUCUUCCCCUCUA